GGGGGAUACUGUCUGAGGGAGAAAAUAGGUAGCAGCUAUGCAGUUAACAGGGCAGCUUCGUAGAACUUGUGCUUGUUGUAUGUUCAUUGGUGUGGUCAUUAACCCUUGUUACUAGUAAAGUGUUUUGGUCUCCUGUUUCUAAGGUGGUGGUUGGGAGUAGACUUCUACCUGCACAAUGGUGCUGGAUUCAGGGCUCCAGGCAUACGACAGACAGAAAUGUGCAUAUCUCCUGGAUUGCUCUCGACAGAGGAAGAACUCUUCGCAAACCAGCUGCUUCCCAGCGUCCUUCAAACCUCCAUGUUCUUUAGCCUCUUCAUGUCACGCCAAGCCAGCAGGAUGUCCUGUGUACAUGGGCCAGUGGAGCUUGAUUCGACGCAGUGAGAGUUCCUGCACCAUCAACAGUGGCAGCAGCUGCAGGGGCAUAAUGCGAAGUGCGGGGUCUCUACCAUCUAUCAGCAGAGCCAGAAAUGAGCAUAGGGCGCCUAAGAAGAGCUCUUGCAUUCUCAUAGCUCUGAGACCCAGCAAUGUUCAGCAGGAACGAGACAAAUUCUUUCUCUCCGGCUAUACAUACAAUCCACAGUUUGAGUAUCAGGAGCCCCUGCCUAUCACAGUGUUAGACAAAUACAACCAGGCAUCGGACCAGUUCCUUCCCCAGGUAACACAUUGAUAUCUAACGUGUUACCGUACAGCUGGAGCCCAUCUAAUAUUAAAAAAGUGUUGGUGUGUGCGCUCCUAUUGAUAAAAUGUGACCCAAUAAUAUUUCAUGUAUUUACACACAGACAACUGUAAUUGAUAAAAUAUAACUCUCAAUAAUAAAAAACACUAUAUGAGUACCAUGAAUGAACAUAAAAUUAAUUCUGAUUGCAAGGUCGUAAAUAAACAGCUGCAGUCACAUUAAAGCAGCAUUGUCAUGCCAAAUCCUGUUUUGUUAUUUUUAACCACCCUCCGGCCUCUACUAUCUCUAAUUGACACCCUAGUUAUCCCCAAAUGCCCCUAAGCCCCCCUCAUUACCUAUUUUGUUUUCCUUAUUUUCUGCCCCGAUCUUGAUUCAGGGCGCCGCCAUCUUUGUGUGGGUAGAGGAAGUCCCUGUGGGACACGUCAUCAGCCCACACUAGAUAGACUGUGAGAUUCCUGCACAUGCCCAGUGAAACACUUGGACAUACGAACGGGAAUUUCAUCUAUUCAUUCAUCAGACAGACGAAUGAAUAGAACUAUCAGCCGAACAAACAAACACCAUCAGUGAUCGUUUGUUCUUUCAGUUUAUUACAAGGAGGGAGCUACCGGCAUGCAGCUCCCUCCUUGUAAUAUGUAACUAUAGAAGCGACAGGGAGCUGUGCUCCCCGCCACUUCAUAAGCUCCCCCAUGUCCCCCCUCACUCUAUGGGGGUCAAUAUGACCCCCAUAAUAGCACAAGGAAGAUUAAAAUCUCUCCAAUGCCCCUACUCGCUAUACCGCAAGUAGGGGCGUGUCUACGGUGCUCUGUGUCAUUUUACACAGCGUGGGAAAGUUCUUUUGAAUUUUCCCACGCUGUGUAAAAUUGCAGGGUGGGGCAAGGCUUUCUAAGCCUUCCCCAGCCCUGCGGAGCUCAGUCUGCGCGGAGCCCUCCAUGGGUGAAGAUGGAUUAUUUUUUUGCACUCGGGUUUUUUAUUUUAUUUUAAAUUCGACGGUUAUGAUGGUUAUAUAUUUGGCCUUUUUUGGGGCUGAAAAAUGAAGAUUUAAGAAAGAAGAAGACGUCGAAUGGUAGGUUUAAUUUUAUUUUACAGUAUAGUUAUUUUAUUCCCCCCUCACUAUUUUUUAGGGUGAGGGGUAGGUAGGGGACUCAUUAUUUGGGUGGGGGAGUGGGUGACUAGGGGCUUGGGGACCCCUCGUCACCUUGUGGGGGGGGUUGGGGGAAUUGCCUUAGGGUAGGUCCCCCCCCCCCCCAUUAACUUUAUGGCCCCCAUCCGCCGCCCAGGGGAGAGGGCCGGGGGGGGGGGACAGUAGGUCAUCAUUUACUAAUACUAAGUACCAAUUUAGGUCUUUCAGCCUUUUAGUAGAUAGCUCACUGAUACCGUGGGAAUUAGGGAGUUAUCUACUAAGCGGCUGCAAGAUGCAGCCACAGCAAGAAUAGGAUCGGAGUUUCAUUCACUCGAAUGAAAUUGCGAUCCGAAUAAAGUGCCGAAUUGCGUUCUAAAACAAACGAACAUACUGUUCUCAUUCAGUUAAAACGCAAUUCGGCAGUUUUGUGUAAAAUGACAGGAAGCAUUGUUGGAACACACAGGAAAGGUAAGGAUCAUGGGAAAAUUGCUCUGACCAGCGGAAAUGAAGCACACUUUGCUCCUCUGCUGGUCAGAGCUGGUCAAGCGGAGGAAUCCUCCAUAUAGCAAAGAGUCCCUACUUUGUCUUAUGAUUUUAAAGAAGACAGGAAGAAAAGAAGAACAGAUCCAGAGAGAGGGGGAGAAGAGGAAGAGAUUGAGGAAGGUAAGUUCGGCAUGACAGUGCCGCUUUAAUAGAGAGCCAAACAAUGUAUCUCAAUGUAGAAUAAAAUUAUUGAUAGUUUAGCAGAACACUGUUACAAGCAAACAGCUCAAGAGUGUAGGCCAUGGGUCGUCAACCUGGUCCCUACCGCCCACUAGUGGGCGUUUUAGGAUUCCAGGUGGGCGGUAGGGAUUUCUGAGGCUAAAUCCUCUUUUUAAGAGGAUUUCUCCUUUUGGGCGGGCGCGAGCGGCUCUGCAUGCGCAAGUCUUCAGUGACCGGCAGGAGGAAGCGCUCCCUCCUGCCAGGCCACCUUCUGGACCCCCGGCAUGGCAGCGUUCUAAUCAGUCGCGGCGAGGGAGCUCUAACCUCUCUGCUCUGCUCCCUCGCGCGAUGUUUGCUGAUGCCGCGGGAGCCGGAAUAUGAUGUCAUAUUCCGGCUCCCGGCAUCCGUAGACAGUCCGCGAGGGAGCAGAGCAGAGAGGUUAGAGCUCCCUCGCUGCGUCUGAUUAGCCGCCCGCCUAAGUGAAGCCCCACUGGACCCCAGGGACAGAUCCACACCAGCUCUCCAGGUAGGGAGGCUGGGUGGAUAUUUAAUAUUAAUAAUUUGUGUGUACAUGUGUUUGUCUCUAAGUGUAUGUAUGUGUGUGUGUCUGUAAGUGUAUGUGUGUGUGUCUGUAAGUGUAUGUGUGUGUCUGUGUCUGUAAGUGUAUGUGUGUGUCUGUGUCUGUAAGUGUAUGUGUCUGUCUGUAAGUGUAUGUGUCUGUCUGUAAGUGUAUGUGUCUGUCUGUAAGUGUAUGUGUCUGUCUGUGUGUCAGUAAGUGUGUGUGUGUCUGUGGGUCUGUCUGUGCAUGUGUGAGUGUCUGUAAGUGCAUGUGUGAGUAUGUGUAUAUUUGUGUGUAUGUGUUUCAAUGUGAGUGUGUGUGUGUGUGUGUAUGUGUUUGCCUGUGAGCAGAGUACUUGUAGAAUAGAAGAAAGAAGGUGCAGAGUACUUGUAGAAUAGAAGAAAGAAGGUGCAGAGUACUUGUAGAAUAGGAGAAAGAAGGAGUAGAGUACUUCUAGUAUAGGGGAAAGAAGGAGUAGAGUACUUCUAGUAUAGGGGAAAGAAGGAGUAGAGUACUUCUAGUAUAGAGGAAAGAAGGAGUAGAGUACUUGUAAAAAAGGAGAAGGAAAGAAAAGGAAAAGGAGAGAAUUGUUGUUGACUAAUAAUAGUAAGUGGGCUACCUAGCUCAGCCUUCCUACUGGGCAUUGCUAUAAGGAAGGUUAAAAAAUAGAAAAAAGGGGAAAAAGGUGGGAAGGGGAAUUGAGGAGGGAGAGGAGGGGAGCUGACGCACAGAUGAGAAAUCAUUUUAUGAGCAAACAAAGAAGUCUUCCGAUUAUCACUGAAAGAGGAGACCUUCGUUUGUUCCUUAUGAAAAUCGAACCAGAUAUCAAAUAUUUAGUCUCGCAGCAUCAACCUCAAGGAUCUCAUUAAUCACUAGUAAAGGUAAGUUCAAUUUACUUUAUUGCUUCCUCAUUAAACUUUAUAAAGUUAAAAACAUUAUAAACAUGCAUAAAGUAGAAAUAAAAAGAUAAAUGUACGUUCAUUUAUGUAUUUUUUAAAACACCCUCCUUUCUAAAAAAUAUUCGCGCUUGCGCGAAAACUGGUGGGCGGUAAGGAAAUUUUUCCAUCAAGAAAGAUGCAUUAGUGGGCGGUAAGUGGAAAAAGGUUGACUACCACUGGUGUAGGCUGUAGCACUAUCCUCCCAAAAUGGAAGGAAGGGGUUUAUCACAUAAGUGGUAAACCAGUACUGGGUCUAUAAAACCCCCCAAAAAGGCAGACAGUAUGAUGCCAAAUAUUUAUAGUGCUAUAAUCACAAAACAAAUUAAAGGACCACUCUAGGCACCUAGACCACUUCAGCUUAAUGAAGUGGUCUGGGUGCCAGGUCCAGCUAGGGUUAACCCAUUUUUUCAUAAACAUAGCAGUUUCAGAGAAACUGCUGUGUUUAUGAAUGGGUUAAGCCUUCCCCUAUUUCCUCUAGUGGCUGUCUCAUUGACAGCCACUAGAGGCGCUUGCGUGCUUCUCACUGUGAUUUUCACAGUGAGAGCACGCCAGCAUCCAUAGAAAAGCAUUGUAAAUGCUUUCCUAUGCGACCAGCUGAAUGCGCGCGCAGCUCUUGCCGCGCGUGCGCAUUCAGCCGACGGGGCGGAAUGGAGGAGGAGAGAAGGAGUUUUAACCCCUUUCCCCCUUCCAGAGCCGGGCGGGAGGGGGACGGGCACUAUAGUGCCAGGAAAAAGAGUAUGUUUUCCUGGCACUAUAGUGGUCCUUUAAAAUAUAAUACAAAUAUAAAAACCUGCAACAAGGGUAAGCAUGUAAGUUGCUAACGCCCUCAGACCAAGUCCGCACGACUCUGGAAAGAUGCUGUAGCAGGGAUGGAUACAACCAGCGAGCUCUACCCUUACCUGGAAAGGUGAUUAUGUGUCACCUCAGCUCUAUCUAAACAGGUCAGAUUCCGAACGUGCAAGUCACCACGUAUGUCAUGGACGGAGCAGAGCAGCACACAAAGGUGCAGUAAUGUGGUGUGCCGCGUCCGCCUUAAAGCAACAGUACCUCGUUAGACAGGACACAAAUUGUAAUUCCACAUUCCUUGUGUAUUUACUUACUUGUACUUGUGGUCUCCACUAUGUGGGGCAAACCACAAGAGCCCUAAAGGUGAGUGUUGUAGACAAAAAUAUUAACCCAAUUCAUGUUAGUAAAAUGCCUAUUUACUCAGCAUAACUACAAUCAGCAUUAUUCAACUUUCUAUGUGAUUUACCUAAAAUGGCCGCUAGGGAGUUUCCUUCUCGACAUCGACUCACACCCUCAUUAACAAGAUGGCGCUGGAAUCUGGGGGAGACUACCAAGAUACCAGUGACAUCACACCCGGUAGGAAGAGCACUAAAUUAACCACUUAACACCUAACCAAUUAUUGAUGUAUUAUUUCAUGUUAUCUCUGACAAUGCAUAUGAUGUCAUUUUGCUUUAUAAGUGACAUGCCGUCCCCUCAGAAUUAACAUUCCUCAAGUUUUUCAUUAACCCGACACUUGUGUCUGGUGUGAAUUACUUUAGGAGGGUGCACGCAUUACUUCUUUAAUGUGGCCGGGGGCAGAUACGUAAGCUAAUCAAUUUAUUGAUUGAUUUCCACAUAAUUUGGCGCCCAACAAGGGGCGCCGGUUCGGACGGCCGGAAAAUGGGACCGGAGCGGACCUCCAGAAAGUGGGACAACCGGAGCCUGAUCACCUCCUAAUACGGUGGUUUGCCUGUAUUCUCCUGUUUUGUGUCGGUCUGUCUCCGUGUCCACCUCCGGCUUCCAGAAGGCUACAAGACAGGUAAUCUCUUAUCCUGUGCCUUUUAAAAACGAACCUGUCGAUUGCCUAUCUGCCGCUCUAGUGGAUGUAUGUGUGUGAGACGGCUGGUGUGUGGUUUAUGCUUUUAUUUUUAUAGCUUAACUGCCUAGCGGGAAGGGAACGCAUCCGCCUACAGAAAGGAUGGGGAUUUAUUAUAGCUUGACUGCCUAGCGGGCAGGGAACGCAUCCGCCUAGAGAAAGGCUGGGAAUUUUGCUGUACUAUUCAGAGUAGAACAGGGUUCAUUUGCUGUUUAGUUAUUAUUAUGCUUGUAAUUUUACUGUUCUUUGUUACUUUAUGUUUUCUAUUCAGUUGUAGUCAUCGUGUGGGUACCCUAGUCGUGUGUGUGUGUGUUGUGUGGUUUGUCUUUGAUUCCGGAUUCUGUGCACAUCUCUAUAUCUGUGACUCAUGUAAAUGUCUUCUGAUUUAGUCUCUCCACGUUCACCUUUUCCCUUAUUCUCUAUCUCUUCUGUACUUGUUGCCCAGAGCUGUGUUAGUCACCUACGCUCGCCCUCUCAGAUCCGUGGCCACCAUCUCAGGUGGGUGGAUCCAGUGACUAGUCUACGUUUGGGGAAGACGCACAGGAAUCAAUUCCUCGUGGCAGUAGAGCACUGUAGACAUUCCUUCUUUUUCCUCUCCCUUUCUCUGUCCCUCUUACAGGGGAAGCCUUGUUUGGUAAAAAUGGUACAAAAACAUGCCAGACCUUCUAAAGGCUAUUUAGCUUGUGAUAUUGUUAAGGAGAGAGCAGGAGGAGAGGCUAUAUUAAAGAUAAAGAAGAUAGCAAAGAUUUGUGGUUUUCAAAUGUCACCCAGUGGUAGAUUACAGCCAGAGUUUUGGAGGAAAUUGCUCAUGAUAAAGAGGGCUUGUUAUUGGAUAAUGGGUUGACGAAAGCCGUGACGGCUUGGCAUCGUGUAGCAAGAGGACUCAAGCGGGAGGGUUGAUCAGAGGAAGAAUUGGAUUUUGAAGGACACAAGAUUUAUGUAUAUCACAGAAAUGUAUGUAAUGAUGAAACGUCCCCUAAUGUUCCCCGGCCACCGCCCUAUGAUGGCGCCCAGAUUACCGUGAAUGAAUCUCGCCCCGCCUCCCCAGUCACCGCCUAGUUGCCACCUCCAAUUGUCAUAAGCCCUCCUGUCCCCACCCUCUCUGUACCCCUUUCUCGGAGCGGAUGGAUCCUAUUAUUAUCCCGUCCUCCUUCCCACCCCUCUUCCACCUUCCUUUGUCGCUACUGAUGCAAUUCCUCAGCUGCCUCCCUCCAUCACUUCCCCCGACAUCACCCCUAUCCCACCUCCCCCUGUCAUCCCUCCUAUUCCCGCUCCCCUCCCACCUUUACGUGUUGCCUCCCCUGACAUCCCUCUAGUUCCUCUACCUGUCGUUCCCUCUGCUCCUGUCCCCCUUUCGCCUUCACCCGUUGGUCCCCCUGUCACAUCUAACUCCCCCCUUCUCUUGCUAUUCCCUCUACUCCUGCUCCUCCAUCUUCUCUCCCCGCUACCCCUUCUGUCCCCGUUCCAGAUUCCCCUCCUCUACCCACCUCCACUCCUGUUGUCCCUCGAUCUUUCGCCACUCAUUUCCACCCUUUCUGCUUCUCUUGCUAUUCCCUCUACUCCUGCUCCUCCAUCUCCUAUCCCUGCCACCCCUUCUGUCCCCGUUCCAGUUUCCCCUCCUCUUCCCGCCUCCAGCCCUGUUACCCCUCCCUCCUUCGACCUCUCGUCACUCAUUUCCGCCCUCUCAGCUUCCCUUACUAUUCCCUCUACUCCUGCUCCUCCCCCUCCUCUCCCCGCCACCCCUUCUGACCCCAUUCCAGUUUCCUCUCCUCUUUCCUCCUCCAGUCCUGUUACUACUCCCUCCUUCGACCUUUCGUCACUCAUCUCCGCCCUCUCCGCUCAUCUCCCUCAGCCCGCCCCCUCACCCAGUCCGGCUCCUGUUCCUGCCUCUUCCAUGGCCACUCCCAGUUACUCAAUCAUAAUCGUUGGGUCUAAUGAAUCUAUUGUGUCGGGACAGCCCUCUGCUGUAGGAAAUUCCCCUGCUGCGUGAGGCUUCCAUCCUGCUACCUCCCAGUUAGUUACUCCCCAGGCCAUCGCUGUCGGUACUCCUGGCUCCGAUGCGCAAGCCCCUAAUUCACUAGAUGUUGCUAGCUACCAUGGUCUCCCAUUCUCGGUUCCCCUGAGGAUGACAGUGUUCAAGGGCUUAGCCCGUUCCGCCCUACAAAUAAUAGGGUUUCUCAUGAAACAAUCAACCCCUGCUUUACCGCUAGUGGACGGGGCUGCCCCGAUGUAUGUCAAGUGCAACCCUAGUAACCUCUCUCCCCGACCCUGAGAAACAGCCCAUGCCUUUCUUCCGGAGGAUUGCCCAGAUUCGUAAGACAUACUCAGCAGCUUGGCGUGAUCUGUAUAGUUUGUGUGAGAUCAAGGCUGGGGAUGCCUAUUGGCCCAUUAUGGAAAGGAGCUUUAAUGACGCUCUACUCACUACCGAUAUGGAUUACCAGUCAGGUAUUGCAUUCUGUGACCAGCUUUGGGCAUGGGCCCAGGAUAAACUUGCUGACCAAGGCACUUGUAUUAAUGAUAUUAUCCAAGACAAACUCGAAUCUGUGGAAAAAUACCAUUCACGGUUGACUCAAACUUUCUCCGAUCUCGGAUUCAGUGUAUAUAAUAAAGCACAUACCCAGAUGUUAUCAGCUGCCUUUGUUGCUGGCCUUAAAGAGGCCAUCAGGAAAGGCUUAGUGCUCUCUCGCCCUGAAUACAAAAUUAUUCCUUUGGACACUCUCUUACUAGUUGCUAAGGGCCUGGAAUCUGCUCUACAGCCAACCCAAAGGAAAAGUAAUCCUCUUAUGUUUUCCGUUUCCAGCCCUGUCACCAGACCCACCCAGGUGCCUCCAGUUUAUCCCACGCUACCCACCCUGUCAGCUACACAGGGACAGCACAUGGCACCUAGGCCUCAGACCAGGGCAUGCUUUAAUUGUAACCAACCAGGCCAUUUCCGGAGAGAUUGCCCACAUCCCAGGGUGACUAGACAGCCGACCACUAGACCCCCUAUGUACCCCAAUGCCCCUGCGGUCACGUAUGUGGUCUCCAACCAGGUUACCCACCACAGGUAUAUCCUCAGGCACAUGCAUCGUAUUACCCUCCUCAGGAAUAUGCCCAAGCUGUCUACCCACCCUCUCAUUCUAAUACUCACGCCCCACCACGCAGCUAUGCUCACCCUUCCCCUGUUACGAUACAGAUGAUUUCCAACUAGAUGAACACCCAGCACCAAGUCAUUAUCGCCCUACACGUCAAACCCAUCAGGCCAGCCACUCCACCACACCAACACGUCAUUACACUGGCCCCGAUCAAUCUCAUUUAGACCUGGUACAAUAGGUAACCGGCAAACCUGUGUCUAACACCCCUGUCAUGGCAGUGUCUACAGGGGACAAGGGGGGACCCCUAGCUACAGUUGUCCUUCCAGUUGAGGGUCAUCCUACUACCUUUUUAGUUGACACAGGUGCAGCCUGCAGUGUUCUCAGAGAACAAGACCUGCCUGACCCAUCUUUUCUAUCUGACACAGAUGUUUCUUGUGUAGGUGUUGAUGGUAGCCCCCGAAACAACCCGUUGACUAAGCUCUUGCGGGUUGGUUCUGAUAUUCUCUCUCGGUUCGUUGUUUCAUCCACCUGUCCAAUUAACCUUUUAGGAGCAGAUGUUCUAUCUCGUCUUCAAGCUUAUAUCUCCUUCACUGCUGAUGGCCAGGUUCAAUUACUAACACCCCUUUCUCGCAAAGAUACUUCUGUCCUAUGCUCUCUGCCUCUACUACUUCACAUGACAUCCCCCACCGAGGAGGCAAGGGUCCCAGAAGCUCCCAGUGCCCUGGAUAGGGUUCCAACCAAGCUUUGGUCUACAGGCCCAGAUGACAUCGGACGCCUAUGAGUCCCACCUGUGGUAGUUACACUAAUUGAGGGAGCCAUUCCACGAAGACCACAGUAUCCUUUGAAACCUGCACAAGCCCUUGCCAUUUGCAAACAAGUAGAUAGCCUGUUGGCGGCAAAAGGUGCUCUGGUCAAAUGUGUGUCACCUUGUAACACUCCUCUAUUUCCAGUAAAGAAGAAAACUGAAAAGGGUCAACCUGAUCAAUACCGUAUGGUCCAACAUCUCCGCGCUGUUAAUGAAGUCACAAAUCGCGAUACUGCUGUUGUCCCUAAUCCACAUACAUUAUUGUCACAAGUUCCUCCAACUGCCAAAUUCUUCACGGUGGUUGAUCUUGCAAAUGCCUUUUUUCAGCGUACCCUUGGAUUCCUCUUGUCAAUUUCUGUUUGCUUUCACACACGAUCGUCAACAGUAUACUUGGACUGUUAUGCCUCAAGGUGCACAAAAUUCACCAACCCAGUUCGCCAAAGCUAUGUCAGCUGUCCUAGAGCCCUGGCAGAAAUCACACCCAGAUGUGGUCCUGCUCCAGUAUGUCGAUGAUUUACUUCUCUGUGCGGAUGAUUUUUCAACUGCUGAACUGAAUUCCAAAGAUCUCCUUUGUUUCCUCGCUGAAGAAGGCUGUAAAGCCUCCAAAGCGAAACUCCAGUGGUGCCAGCCCUCUGUGGUCUUCUUGGUACAUUGCCUUUCUCAUGGCACCCGUUACCUAACCAGGAACAGAAUACUUGCCAUUACAAAUCUCUCGCUUCCAUCUAACCAUCAAGCUCUUCAUGCCUUCUUGGGCCUCAUCACAUACUGCAGAUCUUGGAUCCCUGAGGCUUCUCAACUCAUGCAACCUCUCUACGAUGCUUUAAAGACUGAACCUUUUUCAUUGUCUUCUACUGCCCGCUCUUGCUACCAUGCUCUUCAAAGAGCCAUCUCCUCUGCCCCUGCUUUGGGUCUCCCGAACUACCAGCUACCGUUCAAACUCUUCGUCUCAGAGAAGAUGGGCCAUGCUUCAGGGGUCCUUACUCAAUCCCAUGGUUCCCGUCAACGCCCUAUUGGGUACUUUUCCUGCAUGCUUGACCCUGUGGCCAGAGGUGGUCCUUCCUGUUUGCGUGCUGUUUUUGCUGCAAGUGCCCUACUGGACAAGACUAAUGACUUUGUUCUCGGACAUAAACUGACAUUUCUUGCUCCCCAUGAUAUUGCUGCAAUCCUGAAUAAACUCCAGCCCAAGCAUCUCUCAUCCCAGAAACAUCUACGACUUCAAACCUCCCUCCUUUUGCCCGAUAACGUCACCUUACAAAGAUGUUACUUCUUAAAUCCGGCCACUCUUCUGCCACUUCCCAAGGGGGGAGUGCCGCAAUACUGGUACAUCCUGGACAUAAAUCCUGAUGUUCACAUGGAGCUUCAAGUAGAAAAGCCCACAGUUCCACAUGAUGAACAGCCCGAGAGCCACUUACCAGGUCCUGACCCAUACUAUGAAGAAGAAUUAUUCAGCCUAGUGGAAAUACACAUCACACUGACAGACCUGUUCUGUGACUCCAACGGAAACAUUGUUAUCCUAGUCUUCCUGCCUAUGGAGGUAUCGCAUGUAUAUCACCAUUGGGAGGUGGCUGUUCCUCAUGUUUCUUUCACCAAGUCUCCAGAUCUCUCAUGGAAAGAACUCGGCCCCAUGGCCAAGACAUGGAGUCACUAAGAGGACCAUAAAUUGCAAAAUUGUUGGUUACCCUCGAUAACCUGAUUACACUCUGUUUGUGGAUGGUUCUAGAUUCGCAGAUGAGCAGGGCCAAUAUCAUACCGGUUAUGCAGUCACCACUGAGGACCAAAUACUCCAAGCAUCUCCACUCCCCUCCUCUUAGUCAGCACAAGAAGCCGAACUAAUAGCCCUUACGGUGGCAUGCAAGAUGUCUGAAGGGAAGCGUGUCAAUAUUUAUACAGACUCAAGAUAUGCCCUAGGAGUGGCACACGAUUUUGGCUUAAUUUGGAAAACCAGGGGGUUCCUUACAGCAACAGGUACUCCUGUGAAACAUGGCGCAGCUAUCAAAGAAUUGAUGGAUGCCUUGCUACUGCCAGAAGAGGCCAUACUGAAGGUAAAGGCCCACGGGAAACUAAACUCAGAAGAAGCACAUGGCAACUAUUUAGCCGACCAGGCCGCUAAGGAUGCGGCGCGCCAAUGUCAGGAAGUGGACAGAAGAGUGUCCGUCGAAAAGACUCCUAUUUACACUAUGCAAACCCUAUCCACUGAUCUCAAGCUCCUAAUGGAACAACAGGCUGCCGCCACCCCACAAGAAAAGCAAAGCUGGAAAGACAAAGGAGCAACCCUUCAGAAUGAAGUAUACACAAUCAAUCUCAAAUUCUUCCUACCAGGAAUAUGUGUCCAGCUGUUGUUCAGUGGGCCCAUGGACCAGCCCACUUAUCAAAGCACCUCAUGAACUCAUUUGAUUGAUAAAUAUUUUGAAGCACCCGGAAUCACUACCCUGACACGAAAUUACUGCAAAUCCUGCACCAUCUGUGCUAAAUGUAAUCCAGGGAAAUAAUCAAAGCUGCACCAAAUCAUUUGGCCAAACCACAGUACCCUUUCCACAGGAUCCAAAUUAACCAUAUCCAAAUGCCAAAAAGUGACCGGUAUGAAUACGCACUGGUCAUGGUGGAUAUGUUUUCAGGAUGGCUAGAAUCUUUCCCGGUCGCUAAUCUCACCGUGAAGACCACGGUAAAGCGUCUGCUUACCGAAAUCAUCUGCAGAUGCGGAGUCCCUGAAGUAAUUGAAAGUGACCAGGGUACAUCCUUCACCGCGUUGCUAACCAAGGAGAUCUGGGCAGCACUGGGGGUGACCCUUGAAUUCCACACACCCUAUCAUCCACAGAGUAGUGGUAAGGUAGAACGCAUGAAUGGCACUCUGAAAGCCAGAAUGCUUCAAAUGUCCCAAGAAACUAACCUACCCUGGCCGGAGAGUCUUCCCAUAGUAUUGUUCAGUGUAAGGUACAACCCAAGGUGGAAGUUUAACCUGUCCCCCUAUGAAAUCCUGUUUGGAACAGCACCCAGGUUAGGCUGUUAUUUCCCUCCGCAACUUCAAAUUCAGGUAGAUUAUAUAACUGCACUCUCUCGUGCCUUGACCAAAAUCCAUGCGCAGGUGUUUUCUUCUAUUCCAGAUCCUGAGACAGAUACGGGCACACAUAAGUUACUUCCUAGUGACUGGGUCAUGGUCUAGAAGUUCCUAAGAAAACACACUCUUGAGCCAAGUUUCGAUGGUCCAUUCCAGGUCCUAUUGACUACAUCUACCUCUGUAAAGUUGGCUGGGAAGAAUACCUGGAUACACGCCUCACACUGCAAGAAAGUCCCUGAUCCAGAGGUAGUAGAUCCCACCAAAGUAUGAGUUUCCUGUACCUAUAUCUGCUGCUAGGCCUCUUAAAGGCCCAACAAGUUGCUAUUACCAAAGAUAAUCAUGUCUACACGUUUUGGUAUAAUUAUUCAAACACACACAUAGCUACUUACACCUUUGAUUACUGUGAUAUUGUCUCUUGUACUUUUCCACAGUCACAACACUCAGCAAUAUACAAAGACAUACCAAUCAAAAAGGACCCAUAUAUUUGUGUGACAGGUGGGCAUUGGGGACAUCACUGUAGUACCUGGAAAGCAGAGGGGUGGAAUACUGGCCGACCAUGGGGCUACAGACCACAAAGUGCCCUAGAUAGAACUGACAGAAAUAAACAUAGAACAUCCUAGCCCAGGAGACGCCGGGGAGUACGUGAUGGGAAUGUAUUGGAAAGGGGGUGGCUCACAUAAUAAAUUAGGAACCUUCUAUUUACAAGACAUGCUUACGUCACCUGACUGGGUAGGCUCCACACACAUGACCAUUAACCCUCUCAAACCACACAUUAAAACCCUUAAAGACAUGGUGGCUAUUGCCAAUCCCACAUUUGAAGACACAAUGGCUGUGGAGACCGGGUUUUCAGAUACUAAUCUAUGGCUUGAGUGGAUGAGGUAUAAUGCUAAUUCACACAAGACCAACUGUUAUGUUUGUGGUGGGGCUCGACCCCAUCUGGGUACAGUGCCUUUAAAUUUGCCUUCAGUAGUUGAGAUGUGUUUCUUAAACCUUUAUGCACAGUCAACAGUGAAUUCAUCAGUGUGUGAAUCAGUAUGAUGUAAUUUUGCUUUAUAAGGGACAUGCCGUCCCCUCAGAAUAAACAUUCCUCAAGUUUUUCAUUAACCCGAAACUUGUGUCUGGUGUGAAUUACUUUAGGAGCGUGCACGCAUUACUUCUUUAAUGUGGCCGGGGGCAGAUACGUAAGAUAAUCAAUUUAUUGAUUGAUUUCCACAUCAUUUGGCGCCCAACGUGGGGUACCGGAUCUCGCCGGUUCGGACAACCGGAAAACGGGACCGGAGAGGACCUCCGGAAAGUGGGACAACCAGAGCCUGAUCACCUCCUAAUACGGUGGUUUGCCUGUAUUCUCCUGUUUUGUGUCGGUCUGUCUCCGUGUCCACCUCCGGCUUCCAGAAGGCUACAAGACAGGUAAUCUCUUAUCCGGUGUCUUUUAAAAACGAACCUGUCGAUUGCCUAUCUGCCUCUUGAGUGUAUGUAUGCGUGUGAGACGGCUGGUGUGUGGUUUAUGCUUUUUUUUUUAUUAUUAUAGCUUGACUGCCUAGCGGGCAGGGAACGCAUCCGCAUAGAGAAAGGCUGGGGAUUUAUCGGUUAGCCAUCCUCCACAAAGAUUAAAAUAAUCACUCGUAGCACGCCAUUUCCAACUAACCCAUGAGAGUGACCACUCCCAAAUAUCUAUCGUGGGGCUAUAACUUGUGACGAAAGCACCUUUGUCACUGGGAUUUGGAGAGGCCUGCUUGCCAGCCUCUUGCCCUGUGACUAUGGCCCUGGGGUGUAUUGCCCUUCAGAAGAUUUAUGUGGGCAUAUUGGAUUUUAAAACCCUUUUUCUGCCCCUUUAAAUCCAUGGGAAAAAGUGCCUCUUCCCCUCCCCCUUUUUCCUGUCCUAUUGUUUCUCCAGCAGUGCGUUGACCCAGGGACACUGCCAGACCUGUUUAAACUGGCUGCUUUGUCCCUCCUCAAUCUCCCAUCAGCCCUUGCUAUUUUCUGACCUCACCCUUCCUCGUACUAUAGGGCACUUUUAACAUUAGACAUAUUGAGCGCUCAGAUCCAAGCUAUCUGGGGAUAGGGUGGACGUAUAGGUUAAACAUUGUAUUAUAAGAGUUAUGUAUUUUUAUGUGUCUGGAGAUAAUUAAGUUACCACAGCCACUUAAGUCAAUUCUCUCCAGGAUAGAGGAGAAGAUAGACCGGCCGCACAGCCUAAAUCUGUGGAACUGUUUUGAGCAUGAAAGCCAUGCUUGCGGUCGAUCAAAUGUGACUAUCAUAAAACCUUUGAACCCCUGCUCUGAUCUGGAUGAUUUUUGGAUAUGUUGUUCACCCAGAUGAGGGCUAUCCAGGGAUGUAUAUAUUUGUGGGGAUAUGUGGUGUUUUGGGGUGUUUUCUGGACUUUGGGGAAAAUGUGUGUUUUUCUGCCUGUGGAUAAUUAGGUUAUUGUAUUAGCUGCUUUGAUUAUAUACCAGGCAGAGGGGAGGGCUUGUGUGCUGUAUGUGGGAGUGUCGGACAUUAUUGUAUUGUUUUGAUUGGUUUGUGUCCUUUGUGUUCUGUGCUCCACAAGGUCUCGUGGGUGGUAACCUACUGGGGAAAAUGUGUAUAAAAGAAAUGACUGUGCUCAUUAAACAGACCUGUUCAAGCCUUCAUGAAGUCUUGGCUCAUGUUUGGGGGAUUGGAGUACUACCUACACUCUGGGGAUUGCUAUAAUCUCUAUACUCCCCAGAAUAAGCUCUUGUAAGAGCUUGUUCCUGUUCCUGCUCUCUGGAUUUAAGAGGUCUACCUACUGGAAGCUGGAUCCUGGUCUUGGGUCCAGAGUGGUGUUUACGGUGGUUAUGGUGUUCCAGUGCAGUGCUUAUGGUGUUUGCAAGAACUAAGAAGCAGCAAUUUUCGGAGGUACCCGGUCGGGGUGCGGGGCAGUCCGUCACAGUUGUCUAUAACAAUUCUGAAAUCCUUCUUGUGUGUUGUUAUCCCUAAUUCGCUUCCAUUAAGGGUAUAAGUUUUCUUUACGCUGAAGUGCAUAACUUUGCAUUUAAAUUUCAUCUGCCCGAACGGCGGCCACACAUGGAAGCCAUGGAUCACACAGAUGGGGCUUCAGUAACCGAACGGGGGUGCGGACAGCCGAACAAAGGGGACACACAGAUCUCAUGCUGUCCCAUCUCCAGCUUCCCACAUAUCUCACUCUGACCCAUCUCCUUACAGCUCUCUCGCUGACCCAUCUCCUCAGAUCUCACAUUGAUCCAGUUCCCCAUAGAUCUCCUGCUGACCCAUCUCCAGCUCCUCACAGCUCUCUCGCUGACCCAUCUCCAGCUCCCCACAGAUCUCACGCUGAUCGAGCUCCUCACAGAUCUCAUGCUGACCCAUCUCCAGCUCCUCACAGAUCUCACGCUGACCCAUUACCAGCUCCUCACAGAUCUCACGCUGACCCAUUACCAGCUCCUCACAGAUCUCACGCUGACCCAUGUCCAGCUCCCUACAGAUCUCACGCUGACCCAUGUCCAGCUCCCUAUAGAUAUCACGCUGACCCAUCUCCAGCUCCUCACAGAUCUCAAGCUGUCCCAUCUCCAGCUUCCCACAGAUCUCACUCUGACCCAUCUCUCCACAGAUCUCACCCUGACCCAUCUCCUUACAGAUCUCUCGCUGACCCAUCUCCUCAGAUCUCACAUUGACCCAGUUCCCCACAGAUCUCAUGCUGACCCAUCUCCAGCUCCUCACAGAUCUCUAGCUGACCCAUCUCCAGCUCCUCACAGAUCUCUAGCUGACCCAUCUCCAGCUCCUCACAGAUCUCUAGCUGACCCAUCUCCAGCUCCUCACAGAUCUCUAGCUGACCCAGCUCCUCACAGAUCUCUAGCUGACCCAUCUCUAGCUCCUCACAGAUCUCUAGCUGACCCAUCUCUAGCUCCUCACAGAUCUCAUGCUGACCCAUCUCCAGCUCCUCACAGAUCUCACGCUGACCCAUUACCAGCUCCUCACAGAUCUCACGCUGACCCAUUACCAGCUCCUCACAGAUCUCACGCUGACCCAUGUCCAGCUCCCUACAGAUCUCACGCUGACCCAUGUCCAGCUCCCUAUAGAUAUCACGCUGACCCAUCUCCAGCUCCUCACAGAUCUCAAGCUGUCCCAUCUCCAGCUUCCCACAGAUCUCACUCUGACCCAUCUCUCCACAGAUCUCACCCUGACCCAUCUCCUUACAGAUCUCUCGCUGACCCAUCUCCUCAGAUCUCACAUUGACCCAGUUCCCCACAGAUCUCAUGCUGACCCAUCUCCAGCUCCUCACAGAUCUCUAGCUGACCCAUCUCCAGCUCCUCACAGAUCUCUAGCUGACCCAUCUCCAGCUCCUCACAGAUCUCUAGCUGACCCAUCUCCAGCUCCUCACAGAUCUCUAGCUGACCCAGCUCCUCACAGAUCUCUAGCUGACCCAUCUCUAGCUCCUCACAGAUCUCUAGCUGACCCAUCUCUAGCUCCUCACAGAUCUCUAGCUGACCCAUCUCUAGCUCCUCACAGAUCUCUAGCUGACCCAUCUCCAGCUCCUCACAGAUCUCUAGCUGACUCAUCUCCAGUUCCUCACAGAUCUCUCAUGACCCAGUUCCCCACAGAUCUCACUGAUACAGCUCCAGUUAUUCGUAGACUAUACAGAUUUUAUGAGAUGUGUCUUUAUUUACAGGCUCUACGAAUCUUGAAUGCUGUUUUAUGUAAAUAUGGAAGCUAUGAGAGCUUUGAGUCUGUCACUGGAGGAAACCUUCUAACCAAAUCUCAGAUCUGGGUGUGCUACCGCAAAUAUAUGCAGAAAGAGCGCUGCAAUGGAGAGGUAAGGGGCAGAGGCACUCCUUGGUCAUUGAGAGGCAUGAUGUGUGGAGACAGGAGGGUGAAAUAUACCGGGGCAAUGAUUUGUGAGGGAGGAGACAUGGCAAAGUUAUAAGGGUUAGAAGGGGAGACGCGGUGCGGUGAUGGGUUUGGAGGGGAGACGUGGCUAAGUUAUGGAUUAGGAGGGGAGACACAGUGCAGUGAGGCACUGGCGUACAUACCAGGGUCGCAGGGGUCGCGACUGCGACCGGGCCCGGCCCACAAGGGGGCCCGGCCGCCCCUGCGACCCGGUAUGUAGCCACAGGGCCAGCCUCUUCCCCUGGGGGGCCCAGGAGCCGACCACCCCAGGGCCCCCUGAGGCUGGCCCUGCUAACCCCGGGUGGCCGGGCGGU